UUCUGUUUGCGGAAGUAGUAGAAAGGAUUUGCGUUAACUGAUUAUUAUCAUUUUCUUUGCCGUUUUAAAUUCAGUCAUAUGCUUUAUGUGGUAACACCGUUAGCUUUUUUAAAAGCUACAUUUCAAUGGAGAUUGAGGUCGAUAUAAUUGAGUUUAAAGUGCCUCUCGAAAACAACAAAACCAUUUUUAUUUGGGACAUAAAGCCAACAUUUUCAGAGGCGUACAUUUAUGAGUCCCUGUGGAGCGUGUAUUCAGCAUUUGGAGCUCUCUACCUGCUGAAGGUAUGUCCCAAUGCCACAGUGGUAGAACCCGGGUUCUACGCAAUGAUCAAGUUCUACUCAGCAGCACAGGCCUCCAAAGCUCAGAGGGCCACUGAUAAACAGUGUCUUUUCCAGAGCUCUCCUUUAAAGGUGAGAUUGAGCAUAAAGCAGAAUCUGUCCUUCUAUAGCACUAAACCUCUCAGCCUUUCCAAAUGUCAAGACCUGGCUAAUCACUACCUGGGCUUCAAUGGCUGGUCUACUCGCAUUGUCACUUUGAAGGACAUCUCAAAGUGUGCGGAUGCCGGGUGGCAAGAAGACGCGGACAGCCAGGGCAUUCUUAUGAAAUAUGGCUGCAUAGCUGAAUUGACCUUCCCACAGCAUGAUGUGAGCUGCCAUGGGGUCGGUGUGGAAGAGGAGAUCGUUGACAUUGAUCGAGACCCAGAGGAAAAGCUGAGAAAAAGAGGGACACUAAUGAAACGGGCCAAAGACAAAGCUGUGGUGGGGGCCUUUGAAAAAGUGCUUCUCGUGAUCCUUGGAAAUGGGAAAGUAGCAAUUGAAUGCAAGCAUGAUCCGGAUGAGAUUCUUCCAGAGAAAAACUCUGAAGGAGUCAUAAAGGUAAAUGACAUCUCCUGGAAUGAGUUUGAUGGUGCUAACAGUAAUAGUGAAGAGGAUUUCUCAUGGGACCUCACCGUUGAUCUUACUCACUGACGCCCACUCAAGAGCAGUUUCUUCUACCCACAAAGCAGCCAAUAUUUUCCAGAUAACUCACCAGAAAAACUGUGAUCUAUUCCAUAGUUUUUGUUUUUGUUUGUUUGCCUGUAAAGUCAGUUGCCAUUGUAAACAAACAGCUCAACAGACAUUACAGGUUGAUGACAGUAUUAAUACAGGAUGUUAUGAUUUCACUCAAAGGCAUUAUUUCUGUACAACAACCAGUGACUUUGCAGAACACCUGGUGAUUUGCCUCAAGACCCCAUAUUUAACAAAAUGUUGACUGAGCAUGAUGGUAGUACAAGUAAUUCAGGGAAUCCACAAUAAAUGACCAAGUUAGUAAAUAUACUGUGAAAGGAAUAUGCCUCUUUGUUAGGCAUAUUACUUUGUCUUUACAAUAGAAUACAUUAGGACAGAGGGUUUGGUUGUAGUAUUUUCAUCAUUAAAAUUAUUUGUCUGUGUUAAGUUUGGUUUUCUAGUGUGUAAAAUAAAAUAUUUUG